CCAUCUACGUAUACAACUCAUACCGAGCUGCAGGGCAUGAUGCUGUCGUUAGAGUCGGAGUGAAAAUGUUGGCUACUCUAGUGACACAUAGUCUACAAAUGACUGAUUUCUAUGAGAAGAAGGCGGAUAUAGAUUUUGUCACACAUCCUUCUUACAGAAAUAGAGAACAGACCGACAACUUUGACAUUGUGAAUGUAGACAAUCUCCCGCAACAAGCUCCCUCUAGCAUGGAUUGUGGUGUGUAUGUGGCAGCCUUCGCUGAAUACUUGAGCUCAAGUGCAGUCAUCCCAACCGAAUUCGAUGCAAAGUUACUCCAUAUGAGAUAUGGUGCCCUUUUAUGCGACUAUGCAUGGGAUAAGUCAAACAACAAUGCAUCAAGUGAUAACGAGCAGCCUCCAAGACCAAUUAGACCGGCAGUUGAUUACGAUGCAGUUGAUAAAGAGGAUCUUGAUUAGGCCACCAAUUCAUUUGUGUUUUUGAUUUUCAUGUUGAACAAUAGCAUAGUUGGUUGCGACUUUUGUUGCUG